UUACUGCUGUGGAAUCCGUUGGCAACACACAAUAGUCCUAGGCCAAAUGUAAGAAAUGUGCCUAUCUUUUAGGAUCUCACAGAAACAGUAAAAGUGUCAUCCAGUAAUUGGUAUGACACAUCCCACCCUCCAGAAAUUCCUUCCUGGCCACACAAUGUAUCAGGUCAUGACUUUCCACACUGCUUGACCCGCACAGACCUCAUGGCUCAGACACAGCAUCACAUGAAGACAAUUAGGAUGUAGGUUUAUAAGUAUCCUGACUGAGCUGAACAUUUUAAUUACAUGAAAACAUCGCAUUUGUAAAUUUCAUCAGUCUAUAUAGCUGAUAUAGUGUUAUGUAGUACAGCCACACAGGAAACAGCAACAAAAACCCAGAAGAUGGAGAGUGACUUCACUUGAACAAGAUUAAAUGGUCUCCUGAAUGGAUGAAGCAUAUCAACAUGAGGGUACCCACAUCUAUUCAUGCUCUACAGACACUGACAUGUGUUAGUGACACGGACACAUUAUAUUUCCCCUUUGAUGAAUUUUUGAACUUACUUAAAACAAGUAACAAUCCCGAAGACAAAGUUGUACGGAAGGACAACAUAUGGAACGAACUAAAUCGCUACAAUUAUCCAUGUACUCGGGUGAAGAAUGCAGUCAAAUAUGUAUCCUUUGAAUCCAUCAACAGAUUUUCCUUCAAUCACAUUAGUGGUAAUGAAGUGUGUGGAACUAUCUGUAAACAAGUGACUGAUGCUUUGCUCUUUGAUGGAAACAGUUCGCAAUUACAGCAAGACACUCAACCAAGAAGUACUAUACUGGGAUUGUAUCAAACAAUUGCAAGUGAUAAACUCUUUAGUGAGGAUUACAGCGCUCGCAUCUUACAGGUGUUGAACUUAUCUGAGUUAGACAUUCCAUCUCUGUAUUGUUGUUAUAAGGAUAACUUUCAGUUAGAUUCCUGGGAAAAAAUAUGUCUCUUUGAAUGGCACUUUCAUUUACAACAUCCUCAAGUUUCUGAUGACCUUUGUGAAGCUGUCAAAGCAAGAUGGACAUUUUAUGAUCAGUGCAAGCACAGUGCAGAAUUAUGUUCAAAACUACAAGCUUCAUGUCAAGAAACAAUUGAAAGAAACAAGCAGCGCAGAAUAACGUCAUCAUGUAUAAACAAUAUCAGUUGUGAAAUAUCUGGCGUCACACAUCUCGUUCAGAGUUUGGAAGAGUCUGUUUCAGAAUUGAUAAACUACAUCUCUUUUGAAAGUGUUAGAACAGUUUGUUUACCAUGCACCGAUACUUGCAAACACCUGAAAGGGGUCCAUUUGUUCAUAGAGUUAUUUGAGGAAGCUUCUUCAUCAACAGAGUUAGAUGAUGUGGCAUUCCUUCUUCAAAGAAGCAUACAUGACAAACAUAAUGUGACAGUUACACAGACUGUCUUUCUUCAUUCAAAAACAUUAGACAAUUAUAGAUGCCCAAACUGUUCAGUAAAUGGAUUCCACAGAUAUGAACUAUCACAUGAUUUCUAUGGUGGAAACCUGGGACUUUCCAUCUCAAAAGUUUCAAAUAUCAACUAUGGCGAUGACGAUGUUGAUGAGGGAUCAACAAUACAGGUUAACGGUGACAGGUAUUGUGAAAAAUGUAUAAAAGAUGUGCAAAAAUGGAUUCAUCAUCCAUUGCAUUGGAAGGACUUCAGCCUCCUCAGAGAGUGGUAUCUUUUCGUACCUCUUCCUCUUCAAAUAUUGCUUUGCCAUUUGUUUAUCAACAAGUACAGUGUUUACCUGUCACAAAAUACGCAGCAGCUGUUCCAAAAGAAGUUGCAAAGAUUGUACUGCCUAACUGACAUUGGUCUCAGUACUUUGAGUCAGAAACAUGUCGGCAUCAUAGCAGAAAUGAACACUGCUGAACUAAUCAUCAGUCAUCAAUUCUCUUCUGCAGUAUUUUCAAUAACCAGCGAGAGUGGUAUUUCACAGAGCAUACGUUCAGCUGCAAGGUGGCUACAAACAGAAGCUGAUGCAGACAAAUGCUUCUAUCAAACCUUCAUCAAGCAGUACCGUUUGUUACGGGUUAAGGGUUACGGCCUGAAUGGGAUGGGAUCCCACAUACAGUUACGAAUGUAACUUUAAUCGACAUUAUCGAAAAUAUUUUAAGACACUCUUGCUGAAAUAGUCGAUUGUACGAUUCCUUUUGUCUCAUAAGAAUGUGUUUCUGAACGGUCAAAGAGCUCCAAAUCUCGGUCACUAACAAAGCAUGAAGAAUAAUCUUUACACAGGUUGUCAGACCGUUCCGAUAUAUCACAGUUCUACACGAUCUAAAACUUCAUUCACUAGUCAAUAAUCACUAAAAUGUCUGCUUACCCUUAACAGCAAG